GCGGUGGCAGCUCCCAUCGACUCCUGGGGUUAUUCUUCCUCAGGCCACUGCUGCUCGAGCUACGUACCAAGCGAGCCAGUUUUUUCUUACCACCGCACCGCACGCCACACACUCGUUAAGCCCGUGCCAACACGAGAAGUCGCCACUAAUAAAUUACUGUUUUUUACUGCACUCGAGCAGUCUACGCCGCGCAGCCGACUAAUUUAUACGUAAAAAUAAACAUUAAUCAGCAAUAAACGCCGCUGUUAGCGCCCGAUCACAGCGCCCAAGCCCCGCCCGUAGCGAGCACCAUAGAUCAGACAAAAUGUUCGCCGUGAUGCAAAUCGACGAAGAUCACACCAGGGAUUUUAGGCGUAAACUGCGCCCAAAGUGCGAAUUUGUCUGCAAGUAUUGCCAACGUCGGUUCACGAAGUCCUACAACCUGAUGAUUCACGAACGCACCCACAAGAGCCCGGAGCUGUCCUUCAGCUGCGAGGUCUGCGGGAAGAGUUUCAAAAGGCAGGACAAUUUGCGUCAGCACAGAUGUAGUCAAUGCUUGUGGCGGUGAGGUGACGGAGAUAGCACGAUCCAACAACAACGGUCUCUCUUACGCAAUAGAAGAUACACAUUACAAUUCCAAUAAGGAGACCAUGAACAUACGAUGGUGAUACAAACAUAAUACGAUCACUAGAAAACCAUUGAGAUCAUAUAACGUCUGGGAAUUUAAACAGUAUUUAUGCUUCUAUUGUUGACACCAGAAUGGGACUUUGCAAUGUUAAAAUAAAUUAAGUUUUUGUUUAAUCAACCUAUUGUCCAGUAGCAUGAUUGUUAAAAUGAACAUCGUGUUAAAAUUGAUACUGAUUAAGUAUCAUUUUUAACAUUAACUUUUAAUUUUGUUUAAUAAUAAAAAAAUGAAAACAAUUUUAAUUUACAUCACUUCUUACAUCUUUAAAACGUAGUGUUAUUGGAUAAUAGGGUAUAUUAAACUGUAUGUUGCUAAAUCAUUGUAUUUAAACGGUUUGUUGAUAUAAUAUCAGAUGAAUAAAAAAAGUAAUUUGAAAUUAUUUCAGCAAAUGCAUACAGUUAUUUGAAAAAUAUCAUUUAGAUUCGAUUAUCAACAAAAUUAAUAAGCAUUCUGGUGAUUUGUAAAUAGUAAUUUAUUAGAAUAAGUAAUUAUUUAGCAUUUAGCAUUAAAACGGCUUAACUGCUUAUCUAUUUUAUGUAAAAUAAUAUUUAUAUAAUAUUUAAAAUAUUGUUACUAAUAUAAUCUUCUACGUAGAACGUACCUUAUAUUCGAUCGGUUUGUUUUGAGAAUCUUUAAGAAGUAUGUUUAGAAAAGAUGAGAAGAUAAACAAAAAAAUAUGUUGGCUUUCAAAAUAUAAUUCUAAUUCUUUCAUUUAUAUAUUAGGCUUUUAUAUAACAUUCUCUGUCGCUUUUUGUACAUUAUAAGGGUUGUUCCUAAUGCUUAGAAAUAUGGGUAUAUUUGUUUAAUUUUAACGAUUACUUGGCUUGGCCUUAAAUCAUAUGUGCCUUCGAACAGAAUGUUUGAGAAUCAUUUUCGCGUUUUCAUUAAACUUUGAAAAUGAUUCUUUGUUCUAGUUUUGUUCGCGAGAACACUAAAUUUAGAUUAAAUGAGUAAAUACAGUAAUAGUUUUAAGUUAAUACGUAUUUUUUCUGUUUUAAUUGAAUAAUGACUUAUGUGAAUGAUGAUAUUUAAUAUUUUAUUUCUCUUUGAAAAUUCGUUUACCUUUUGGUAUGGAAAAGUUAUUAAAAAGAUAAUAGAAGUCUCUAUGAAAUUAUAUGUAAAAAUUUAAGUGAAAUAUUUCUUGUAUUCGUUGCAGCAUUUUAUUACCCAAAACUACCACCGUUUCGCUUCACUAGCGAAAUAGUGAUGGCAAAGUUUUAUUUUUCUAUAUUAUGUCUUUACAAAUAUAUAAAUACAGUUUAUAUAUCAAAUGUCAUAAGACAAUCGCUUAAACAGAAUAUGCUUUAAAAUAUUAUACUGACAAGUUGUGAUGGUAAGAAAAAUAUUCCAUGUGCCAAUAUUUGACAGGACUCUGUCAUUUAGCCAUAUUUUAUAUAGAUUUAGUUGUAAAAAAAUAUUAUAUUUUUUUAUAGUUACGAUUUGUAUGUAUUCCAUUACAAUGUGUAGAUCAAUGAUAAUAAAUAUUGUAUAAUGAU